AUGCCCGCCAUCAAGUUGCACCGUCCACGGAUCGUUGCCGGUCUCGUCUACCUUGCCGUGUCGCUCAGCUUCGGUGUCUGGUACCUCUGGUUGCUCGCACCCAGUCUCGCCAACGACCUCUGGUGGGCGGGCUUUACACCGACGGGCUGCGAGGCCCUCCUCAUCGACGUGAUCAACGCGCGGCUAGCCACCGCUGGCACUGGAGCCCUCCAUCUCUAUGGCGCCAACGCCACGAGCCCCAAGACGUACAACUUGACGCGUGCAACGACCAACGUACUCCCGACCUAUGCGCGAACGAUUCUCUUCUCUGAGCUCACGUCGAUCGAGUACGCCGUGCGUCAACUACGGACACUCAGCGCGUCAUGGUCGAUGCGAAUGAACGUGCAGCACUGCUGGAUCGACUUUGGCCAGUCGUUUGAGGUCGCGCUGACAGAGGCGCGGCAGCAACGGUGCCGCGAGCGCUAUGCAUCGAAUGCGGCAGUCUACAUGGAAGCGAUCUUGCGCAACGUGGUCUGGGCCGACUACAUGACGAUUUGGGGCGGCGAAAACGGGCCGUUUACGGUGGCCGUGCAACUCGCUCUUGAAGAGUCCUCACACGGCCGGGCCUUUUUGAAGGCAGUGUCAAUCGCGCGGGACACAACGACGUGCGACGACGAGCUCAAGUACUGGCAAACCUUUGGCUUGGUAUCGUUUCAGCUGCAAUGGCACAAUCGGUGGCAGUCGAGCAUCCACGAAACCAUCGUUUUGGAGAACGCCAUUGGCAUGCAGCAAGUGUUGUCGCUCAAGAACCUACCACAACAGGCCGGUCCAUGGACGUCGUCGGCUCUGUUUUGGCUGCCGCUCAAUAGCCUUUGGUCGCCUCAGUUUGUCAACCGAAGCCUGGUCCGAGGCUCCUCGCGCUUCUUUGGGGCCAACGCAUCUGCGGACAUGCCGGCCAUUGAUAUCGAGGUGCUGGAAGGAGUGACAUCCGUGUCGGGGCAAUUCGAAAAUCAAUUGGAAAUCUUUCGCAGAGUCAUUGGUCCGUUCCAGAGCGUCGACUGCCUUUUCAUCCAAGCCCCCAGCACCCUCCAAGCUCUAGUUGGCACUCUACAUGCGUCCCAGCCACGCCUCGGGACUCUGCCACCAGCGUCUCUAGCGCUCACGCCACUCGCUUGGCGCAACUAUGCGAGCUAUUACGGAGGCAAUCUCAUGUGUACGGCACUUCCAAGCACCUCGUAUCCACAGCAGCCGUUUGAUUUUUUCGAUGAUUGCACGAGGCCCGAGCCACUCACAAUCACGUUCGACCCAGUGGCACUGCUUCUUGCGCGUGCUGCCACCACCAACAUGAGCAUUCGUGAUGUCUGUCGAGCUGCGUCCCCCGCGUCAGUGUGUGAAGCUGCCCUCGACGCCGUCACUCCGCUCCACAUUCCACUGGAUGCUCUGGCGUCAACGGUUUCUAGCACCAUGACUACGGACGUCGGCUUGAUGCAAUAUGCAAUCGCCGCCAAUGGUUCGUGGGUCGUCCUGCGCCAGCCACUCCUCGAGCCAUCGUUUUCUCUCUUUGGUUGGCUCUUCCUUGUCGACUGGGCCCUCGGCCGUCGCGAAGUUAUCUCGUUCCAAGGCGACGUCGGCGCUCUCACACUCAUCUCGAACCUCUAUACGCCUCAGCUGUACACAACAGGGACGCAGCCGCUCCAGACUGCGACGCAGAUUCUCUACUACCUCGUGGUCGCCACCUCGGUGAUUCUCGUCGGCGUCGGCGGUCUCACUGUGGUGUACGCCAUCAAGACGCGCUGUCGGUUCAACGGGGUCAACCUCUUCUUCUUCAACCGGAUCGUGAGCGCUGUCUGGCUCGGCCGACCACUGGCCUUUCUGCGAGGUGCGUCAGCCAUGUUGUUGCUGAGCUCGGCCAAUCUCUCUCUCGCAACGUCAUCGGAUGGAGUCUCUCGGUUUGUUGCGAGUCCAAGGAGUUGGCUAGCGACGGCGGUUGUCACGGGCGAGGCCACGUGGUUGACGUAUAUGGUGAGUGACAUCUUGGUGCUGGUGACGCGUCAGUCUACCGCGCCGUGCAGUACUUUUGGAAGUUUGGUCUCGUGGCUCCUUAUGUUUCUUCUCGAGGUCAGUGACCCUGUACAAGUGACAGGGACGCUCCAAAGAGAGUGUGUCGGUGUCGACAUGGACUAUGGCGUGGCGUGCACGAGUGGCGUCGUGUCGGUCGGCAGUCUCACUCGUAUGGCGGCCAUCGGUGGAAUCCAAGCCGCUGGCAUCGUCGUCUCGCUGAGCUGGAGCUUGCUGCGCGCCGCCAGGGAAGUCAACCAUCGCGCCACGAUCGAGGCACCACUCUUAUUGAGCAGCGUCUCGCAUGUCUUUUUGAGGACCGAGUCAUCGUCGACCCGAGUGUCCGUCGACCACGUAAGCUGCGUCCUCGCGGGCCUCCUGCCGUUGCGGUUCGGAGGCAAACCAUACAUCUUUGACGUCAAGCUCUGGCGCUUGGUCCGAGACGAGCUCUCCACAACGUCGCAUCUUGCUGUGUUGCCUCGCCCUGUCUUUGCCACUUCCACCAAACACAAGAAUGGACCUGCUCUCGCCUCACACCAUGUGCCUUCCAUAGCGUCGAGCCGUUGGGUCCACGCUGUUCGGAUGCUCGGUCUUUGCUACGUCGCUUCGUCCAUCGUUGGCUCCAUCUCGUACCUCACCGUGUCGCGGGUCAACCUUGCCAACGACGUCUUCUGGGCGACCUUCAACACGACGGGGGCCCACGCAUUUUUCGCCAACUGGCUCAACGAGCAGCUCGUCCUGGGCAAUACGACCAUGCUCUCUCUAGCACUCGACCGACCAAGUAUCAACUUGAUGGCAUCGUUUGCGUCGCCGUCGGCGGUCGUGACGUCGCCUGCCAACUACGGCGCGUACCUCCAGCACACCCUUCUCCACACCAUCGAGGCGACGAUUCAAGGUCUGCGUCGGUCGAGCGGCUGCGACGCGCCAUGGAUCUUCUCGCCGUACUGCUACGUAGACAUGGCCAGGCGCUGGGAGAUGGCCAACACGGCCAAGCGCCAAGCGCGGUGUUCAAGCAUGACAUCGAACGGUGCUGCCUUUCUGGAGACGGUGCUUCGCAACAUUGAUUUUGAUGCGUUUCUCGCGUGCUGGAGCACCGCGUUUGAUAUUACGAUCGCAUCCGAGCUGCGGCUGUCGGCGGCGGGUGCAGCCUGGCUCGCCACGACCACUGGCACGCAGUGGCAAAACUACAAGCGCCUCGGUGUACGCAACCAGUACUCGAUCACCAACGCGUAUGGCGUCGUCUAUUCCCUCGGGCUAUCGUCUCAGCUCUCUACGUAUCGCUUCGGCAGUCAAUCCACGUUCAAAAUGUACUGGGCCUUAGCGAAUGACCUCUCGGCGGUGAUCUCCAACGCGUCAUGCAUUGCUGGUUCAAGUCUUCUUCGAUCGAGUGCAAAGCACGCUUUUGCCAACACGACUCUCUCCGCCGUCUACAUGGCCAACGGAACCCUACCCUCGCCACUGCCCGAAGGCUAUGAACUAACCGCCUCCGUCCUGGGGCCGUUUGGAUCCAUCGACAUGGUGUACAUCUCGCCGCCACCGUCCUUGCAGCAGCUGCUCUCGUCGUUCGUGGAGCUUCUUCGUGCGCCGCUCGUCGGGAAUGUCGCAGCGCAAGCGGCCUUUCACAGCAUCGUGCCACUCGAUGCCUCGUACCCGGUGCCGAGCGCGUGGCUGACGUCCUCUUUCUAUGUGUUUGGGAGCUCGCCACUGUGUCCAGGGCUCACAUCGGGCCAGUCCGUAGCGAACGGCCUGAAUAACAUUCUGGUAUACGACACAACCUGCAUUGCGGCUGCGGGCCUGUCAGCGCGGCUGCAGCCCACACGGCAACAGUACAUUGUUGGCGCGAUUCUCUCCAACGUGCAGUAUGAACAUCAUGAUCGCGUGUGCCGACUCGACCCUUCCUUUGUUCCGGCGUGUCUGGUUUACUUGAAGGCGUCGCACACGUAUAUCCACGACUACAUGCAGCUACCGCACACCCUUUCGAAUGACGUCGCCGCCGUGAACGACCAUAUUCGAUUCCUCAACAUCUCUUUCAUGACAUUUGCGGGCGACAGGUCGACGGCAACGACCUUGACCCUGCGGACCAUCAACCUUUUGGACCGUUCCGAAGCCAACUUUGAGUUUUUUGCAUGGCUUUUCCUCUACGACUGGGUCGUCGGUCUCCGUGAAGUCGUCUCGUUUCAGGGCGAUAUCGGUACGCUCACCCUCAUCACGGGCAUGGAGGUGCCGCUCUCCAAGCCGGCACCGGCGUGGGAAGUACCCGCGAACAUAGCCCGCUACUUCCGUGCCGGAGUCAUGUACGUCACCGGUGUCAUGAUGGCGGUGGCUAGCCUCACGGCUCUCUACAUCGUGGCAGGUCGCAGUCGCUUUGAGGGCUGGAACAUGCUCGAGCUCGGUCGUGUCGGCGGCAUUGUCUGGGUUGGUCGACCGUUCCUGCUUCUACGGAGCAUGACGGCCCUUUGCGUGCUCUCAACAGCGACGCUCGAGCUGCAGUACUCUGGCUACAUUAGCUCAUUUGUCUUCGUGCGCGAUCCGUGGUACAAGACGCUGCUGGCCGCGAACGAGGUCACGUGGCUGAUUACAAUCGUCAACGAUAUUUUGCUUGUUGUGACUGGCGACUAUGCAGCCUACUAUGUGACCUUGAAUGGGUUUUUGGUCUAUCUGAUUACGGCGGCGUUGACGCUUCUGGAGCCCGUGACACCUCGCACGUCGAUCCAUCUCAAGUGCUAUCUCGAGCAAAUCGAUGCGAUGGCUGUCUGUGACGCAGGUACGAUUGAGAUCGGACGUCUCGAUCGUCUCCUUUUGCUUGUGGUCUCGGUCGUAAUCUCGCAUGGCGUGUGCUACAUCAUGGUCAAGUUGUGUGUCCGCCCAGCACCCACGAGCGCAGUUGCAUCGCUCUUUCUCACGUCUGGCGCAAAGUAUCAAUUUUGUACAUCGUCUUGGGUUGUACAGAAUAAUGUCUAUCAUCUGGACCGCGCGUCGGCGGCACUCGUCGGGCUCUUGACGCUGCAGCUACGCUCGGCGAUGAUCACGCUCGACAUCAAGACGUGGCGGGCGUACGCCCUACCGAUGAACACAUCGGUUGACCUUCCAGACGCCCUACAGGCCGCGGUGCCACUGGUCGACUAA